AUGCGCCCCUCGCUCAUCCUGCGGGCAGCCCACCAAAGGACGCCGCUCAUAAAGUUUCUGGGGAAGAGAACGCCGCCCAAAUCAGUAGACCACACCCCUCACGCCCACCCAGCCUCGCCCACAGAUUCCCUACCCGAAAGCUUCGCAUCGUACCGAUCGAAAGCUCAGCAGCAUGGCCCGCUGCGAGGAGGUAACGGCAACGGAGGCGGCGGUCCUACACCAUCCUUCUCUGCACCUACCACCAGCUCUAUGACAUACGGCCGCAUUGGCGGCCAUGCCGGCCGGUCACUGGGUCCGGUUGAACCUGAGAAAGGGGAGUUCUUUGACCGGGACGAACUGCCCAAGCGGUUCCGGCGGACGCCCUGGUCGGAAGAAGAGAUUGAAGCGGUGACCAGUGGAGGGGCCAGUAUGUUUGCUUGA